AUGUUGGAGGCCUGGGCCUUGCAGUACAUAAGAGAAGAUGCAGAAGAAGGAGAAAGAAGGGACCUGGCUGAUAAGAUCGUGGCCCAGCUAAAGGCUGGGGUCCCGUUCGUGCAGCUGGUCACUGCCCUCAGGGAACCUCUGACAGAUGCAGACGAUGACGAGCUGCGCUGUCGGGCGGUGCAACUGGUCGUGCGGGCUGCAGGCGACGCCGUGCUGCAGCCACCAGAGGUGGAUCACCUGACAGGAUUUUUCUGCAGCAAGCUGGAGGACUGGGCGUGCGCAAAGGCUGCGCUGGAGGGCUGCCUGAAGCUGCUGACCGGCGCCAGCAGCGGCGCCGCCAUCGCGGCCAAGCCGGCGCUUGCGGUUCGCGUUGCGCAGGCGCUCGCGGCCAGCGUGCAGCUGCCGGCACUGACAGUGACCGGGCGGCAGACAGGGCUGCAGCUGUGGCUAUUGCUGCUGCAGGGCUACGGCGAGCGCCUGGUGCUGGAUGGCCGCCUCAAUCUUGCGGCCAGGACUGCCGCCCUGGUCGAGGGCGAGAACGACCCCCGGUGCCUGCUGCUCGCCUUUGCGUGCGUGCGCGCCGCGUGCGCGGUGUACGGCUCGCCGUCGUGCGGCCGCCACCGCGGGGAAUUCGAGGCGGAGGCCGCCGAGCUGUUCGAGGUCGCGGUGGAGCCCUACUUCCCGGUGAGGUUCACGCCGAAGAAAGGGGACCCGCAGGCCAUCACGCGGCGGCAGCUGGCGGACGCGGUGGCGGGCUGCAUGGCGGCGGCGCCCGAGUUUGCUGGGCUGGCGCUGCCGUUGCUGGCGGAGAAGCUGGGGUCCACUCUCAGCGAAUCAAAGGUGGACUCUCUGGACGCGCUUCCCCUGUGCUGCCGCGGCUGGGGGCCUGGCGUUAUGGCCGAUCACCUUAGCCAGGUCUGGCUCAUGCUGAAGCAGGAGCUGCUGGCCCCGGCCACCCUGGAGGAUUGCCCUGAGGAUGACCUGGACGAGGCCCGCGAAGCAGCCCGGCGCGCCGCGGCGGCGCUGCGCGAUUGCGCGGCUGCCCUUGGCCCCGGCCAGCUGGACGGGACCGCGCUCGCUGACGUGGCGUUCGAGGACCUGCAGCGGUACCUCGCCAUCAGUAAUCCUGACGGGGGCGCCGGCGCCGGCGCUGGCGCCGGCGCUGGCGCCGGCGCAAGUGCUGGGGGCACGCUCGCGGCGCUGCGCGGGCGGCCGGCGCGGCGGCUCGCGUGCAUCGCCGACGCGCUUGGCGCGGUGGCGGCCUCCGGGCCCCUCGGCUGCGCGGGCGCCUGCACAGCCAUCAUCGACCCCUUGCUUGUCGCCCUGCUCGGCCCGGAGCCCACGGCCGCAGGCCCCGCCGCCGGCGCUUACGGCGCGCCCGUGCAGCCGCUGGACCCGGCCGGCGCGACGCUCGGCGGCGGCCUCGCCGUCCUGCACGCGGUGCUCUCCGCAGUGGCCUCGGCGCCGCCCGAGGCCCGAGCGGGCGACCUUGGGGCGCCGCACCCGCUUCAGCAGCGCGCGCCGCGCGUCGCUGCGCUGCUGUCCUUGCUCGAUCGGCGCGUGGACGCGGCAGGCGAGGCGGGGGCGGACGGCGUCGCCGGGGGCGGCGAGGCGGCCCAGGCCAGGGUCUGGGCGCUGCGGCUGCGGCUGCAGCUGCUGCUGCUCGAGGCGGGCGGGUCGUUGCGGCUGCCGGCGACGCAGCUGCGGGAGUCGCUGGCGCGGCUCGUGCAGCACGCGCUGCGGCUGCCUGGCGGGGGUGGUGACACGGGGCCAACUGCUGUUACAGAUGGCUCGAGUGACGACGAGCCCACUGUUGAAUUGUGGCUGGACUGGGACCGGCGAGUGGCGCCGUCCGCAGAGGCGAUGGCGGCCUUGGAGAAGCUGGCGAGCGCAGAGAGCGGCAGCGCCGCGGCAGCAGACGGCAGCGUGGCGGCGGCGGUGUCCGCGUGCGUCGAGGCGCAGCUCCUGCCGGCGCUGCGGUCGCCGGCGGCGGCGCGCGCGCUGUCUGUGCUGCAGCUGCUGGCGGGCGGCGAGCACGGGGGCGCGUGGCAGCUGCUGGCGUGGCUGCAGCCGCUGGUGGUGGAGGGGCUUGCGGCUUGGGAGCAGGGGGCGCCAGAUCAGCAGGCCCUGCUGCUGCAAUAUCUCCAGUCCAUCCACCGCCACGCCCUGGCGCAGCUGCCCCUUGACCUGCCGCCGCGGCAGGCCGCGCAAGCGGCAGACAUGGUGGCCCAGCUCCUCCAUGCGCUGCGGCAGCGGCACAGUGGCGGCCGCGCCACGGGCGAGCCGACGACGGCAGCAGCGACAGGCGCAGGCGAGGCGGCGGCGGGGGCGCUUUGGGGCGAAGACGGCGGGGAGGAUGCCACAACACAGCCCGCCUUGCUGCUGCUGAGCCAGCUGGCGGCACGAUGCGGCGCCGACGCGCAGGCGCCGCUCCUGCUCAGCGCCUGCGAAUGGGCAGCGGCGGCCGCCACCACGCUGCAGAUAGAUGGUGGGGUGGGCGGCGGUGGGCGCGGCGCCGCUGAUGCGGCCCUGGCGGCGGCGCUGCUGAUCGGCGUCCGCCCAGACUUGCUGCGCGGCGCCAGCAUCUCUGGCGCGGCAGAGGCGCUCGCGCGCGUCGCGCUUGACGCUGGUGCAGGCGCCGCGCGGCGGCCUGCGGCUGUGGCGCUUGGGGCUUUGUUGAAUAAGUGGCAGCCGCCCGGCGGGGCCACAGGCGCAGAGAACUUUGCCCUCGCGCUUACCAGAGACAUGCUUCUGCCCGCCAUCACGGCGGCGGCGGCGGCGCUGCAGCAGCAGGAGCGGCGCCAGCAGCAGGACGGGGCGGGGGCGGGUCCCGGGGCGGGGGCAGGCUCGGCAUCGACUGUGGAAGCGGCGGGCACGGUCUUGGCGGGCGUUUCGUGCGUUGCCUGGAUGGCUCGGGGCCUGGCGAUGCUUCGGAGUGACGCGUGGCGCGAGCUGGCGAGCCUCGCGCUCGAUCUGCUGCCGGGUGCAGCCGGCAGCCCCGUUCAGGGCAGCGGCGGGGACGGCGGCGGCGGGGCCGUGUUGUGGGUGGCGGAGGCCGUGGCGCAGCUUUUUGAGGUGCUGCUGUCCGAUGGUGGCGGCCCUGAGGCCUGGCGCGUCGACGCCCGCGCCUGCCGCGCGCGCUCGCGGCCGUUGUGGCAGCAGAAGGCGUUUCUGCUGGCGCUUGGCGCUCUGAACGAGCGCUCGGCCGCGGCGGCCGCGGCGGCGGCCGCGGCAAGAGCCGCGGGCACAGCUGGCGAAAGUGGCAACGGCGUCGAUGCGAGGCUGGAUGCUCUGCAGUACGGGCUUGCGCUGUCGACGGCUGCCUUGCUCUCGUCGGCGCCGCGUGGCGUGUACCGGGCGAGCGCCGCCGCUGCGGCGCCGCUGCUCGUGCCCUGCUUGGCGCGCGCCUCCGGCGCUGAGGCCUUGGCGCCCUCGGAGCCCCUCGCUGCGGCCGCCGCCAUGCCCAUGGACGACGGAGGUGUGUAUUCUGACCGCGCGCCGCCGAAGCGCCGUCGCGCGAGCAGCGACGGCGGCGAGGACUCCGACGACGGCGCGCACGGUGCCAAGCGUCAGCGGGGCUUGGAUCUCGAUGGCAUGGAGGCUGACUAUGAGUGUGUGAUAUGCUCCGAGCUUCUGUUCGAGCCUGUCGGUGGGCCCUGCGGCCACGUGUCGUGCCGCCUGUGCAUGGAGAAGUGGGCGGAGACGCAGGCGCCCCACUCCACAAAGUGCCCAGAGUGCAGGCAGCGCAUCGCGCCCGUUGGGACGCCGUUUGGCGUGUGCCUCCGCCUGCAGCGGCUGCUGGAGGUUCUGUUUCCUGAACAGGUCAAGGAGCGGCGCGCCGACACAGAGCGCGAGCGUGAAGGUGCGACCCUUUCUUAG